CUUCGAUUGGCGGUUCAUUCGUAGCGUAGUUCUUCGCCGGUAGCGCGCCGUAAAACUGAACGGAAAGUGUAGCAAAUUUCUUGUGAAAAUAUUUGCGUUUCUCUGUCGAGCAGGGGUGCGCAAAGUUGGCUCGAUAAUGCCUUGAUUUUCGUCUGACUGCAAAGUAAAGUGAUUCGCUACCUGCUGUCGCGACGAGAAGUGAUCGACGCGAUUUAAUUUUAUACCAGAAGUCGCUGGAAAUUUAAUCAUUCGGGAGGGGAAAAACCCUCCGGUAGAAGACAACGAUGAAAAGCAACGGAAAUAACAUGCAUUACUUCACCGAGUCGUCCGACGACGACGACGAGGAAACGAUGAUGAUCAAAAAAGUUCAACAGGAUAAUAAACUAUGGGACUCCUUCCAGGAUCCGCCGGUGCCGCAAAGCUCCGGUUCGUCCGCAAACCAGGACUAUCUUUCGGUGUGCAUCAAGUGCCUAAAGGUGUUUACCUAUGUGUUUGUGUUUCUGGUUACCAUAGCUGCUGCCUGUUUCUCGAAAAUGUCCUUCCUGCUAAUGACAUCCAAUAUCAAAGAAGACACCAAGAAUCGAUACUGCGACGUGAGGCAACCGGACAAACAGUUCGAAGCGUUUAUCCCAACCGAGCAACGGAUUGCCUGGAUGUGGGCCAUCAUAUUUUCUUUCGCUGUCCCGGAGCUGGGAACGUUGAUACGAGCGUCUCGAAUUUGCUUCUUCAAAAACAUCGGCCGCCCAACCUGGGGCCAACUGGUGGCUGUAGCCCUGAUGGAGGCAUUCCACGUGAUCGGAUUGGCCAUGUUGGCCUUUCUCAUUUUUCCCAAUCUGGAUGCCCUGAAGGCGGUGAUGCUAACCAACUGCGUCUGUUUGGUUCCGGCCGUUCUCGGGCUGCUGUCCCGGUCGCCCGCCGAGUCGAAGCUACCCUUCAAGUACGCGGUCGACGUGAUGGCAAUCAGCGCCCAGGUGACGGGCUUUGUCGUAUGGCCCAUGUUGCACAACACCUUGGAGCUGUGGUUCAUUCCGGUGGCGGUUUUCCUAGUGUCGUGCCACUGGUGGGAAAAUUACCUCUCACUGAAGAGCUACUUUCGACCGUUCGCGUCGUUGGCCACCAUCCGGGAGAAGCUGACUGAAUCGCGCUACUACAUGUAUCUGUACAUAUCGCCGCUGAAAAUCAUGCUCUUCCUGGCGGCCGGAGUCUAUCUGUCCGGCCAGUCGGUUUCCAACUUUUUCGGCAUGUUCACCGAUGGCUGGGGCAACCAUACCAUCAUCGUACGAGAGAUGGAGGCAAUCCUCAACGAAAAAUUUCCGGACCUCAGCUCGAUAACCUCGGAUCUGGAAGUGCUGCGGAUUUUUCCACGGACGAAUGCGGUACUCUGGGUGACCGUGAUCCACAUUUUGUGCUCCUAUAUUUGUUACAUUUUUAGUAAAUUCUCCUGCAAAAUCCAUAUCCAAAGCUUUUCGAUGGCUUUUCCGAUCAAUCUGACCGUUCCGGUUACGCUUACACUGAUGUUGGUUUUUUGUGGCCUUCGGGAAGCGGAUGUUUGUGUGUUUAGUAGUGUGCUGCCGGAUUAUCUGUUCUUCCGGGUACCUCCGAUCUACUAUUUGUUCGAGUAUGUGAUCAAUGAGUUUUCCUGGCUUUGGCUGUUGUGGUUGCUCUCCCAAACUUGGAUCACGCGCCAUCUUUGGAUGCCGAAGAGUGAUCGAAACGCGUCCACGGAAAAGCUCUUCGUCACUCCGAUGUACAACAGUUUACUGGUGGAUCAAAGCAUCGCGAUGAAUCGACGCCGUGAGGAUCAGGAGGAUUUUGUGAAGAAAAUGGACAUGGUCAAAACCAAGGAUACCGAACGAGCCAACGAGAUCGACGCGAAAGCUAACGAUCGCAAACGGGACGAAAUCAAACCGUACGAUCGGAUCCCGCAGAUUUUCGUGUGCGCCACUAUGUGGCACGAGACCAAGGAGGAGCUGAUGGAGUUCCUGAAGUCGAUCAUCCGUUUAGAUGAGGAUCAGUGCGCACGCAGGAUGGCCAUGAAACACAUUCAAGCGUCGAAGGACUUCAUCGAUCCCGAUUAUUAUGACCUGGAGACACACAUCUUCUUCGACGAUGCCUUCGUGAACGACAAAUCGAAAUGCGAGAGCGCCAACGAUUCGCCCCUAAACUCGUACGUCAAAAUGCUAAUCAACAACAUCGAGGAAGCCGCCCUGGAGGUGUACAAAACUAAAAUGCGUAUCUAUCCACCGACCAAAAUUGUAACACCGUACGGUGGACGACUUAUUUGGACACUGCCAGGGCGUACGAAGGUCAUCACCCACUUGAAGGACAAAAACAAGAUCCGUCACAAGAAACGUUGGUCACAGGUGAUGUACAUGUACUAUCUCCUAGGCUAUCGAAUCAUGCAAUUGAACACUUCCCCGGAGAGAAAGAUGGUGAUCGCUCAGAACACCUAUCUGCUAGCCUUGGAUGGAGACAUCGAUUUCCAGCCAAAGGCGGUCUCCCUUUUGGUUGAUCGAAUGAAAGUCGAUCCCGAUCUAGGUGCAGCUUGCGGUCGCAUCCAUCCCGUCGGCACCGGACCGAUGGUUUGGUACCAGAUCUUCGAGUACGCGAUCGGUCAUUGGCUGCAAAAAGCCACCGAACACGUAAUUGGUUGCGUGCUAUGUUCACCCGGUUGUUUCUCGUUGUUUAGAGGUCGCGCACUGAUGGAAAACUCGGUUAUGAAGAAGUACACCACAAAAUCCGACCAAGCUCGGCACUACGUGCAGUACGAUCAGGGCGAGGAUCGCUGGCUCUGUACGCUGCUGUUGAAGCAAAAAUUCCGCGUAGAAUAUUCGGCUGCUUCCGAUGCUUACACGCACGCCCCGGAAGGGUUCAACGAGUUCUACAAUCAACGCAGACGCUGGGUGCCAUCUACGAUCGCCAACAUUUUCGAUCUUCUGGGAGAUGCGAAACGAGUUGUGAAGACAAACAACAGCAUCUCAACUCCGUACAUUGUCUACCAGUGCAUGUUAAUGUUCGGUACCAUUCUUGGACCCGGGACUAUCUUCCUCAUGAUGGUUGGAGCUCUGGUGGCCGUAUUUCGUAUCGACAUCUGGACGUCCUUUCUUUGGAACGGAAUACCUCUGGCAACUUUCAUGGCGAUCUGCUACUGUCUGAAACAAAAGUACCAACUGAUCGCAGCUUUCUUCAUUUCCGCCGUUUACUCGCUGGUCAUGAUGGCUGUUCUAGUUGGUAUCGUUAUUCAGGUGAUGGAGGACGGCAUCCUCGCACCGUCGUCAGUGUUCUUCAUAUCCGUAGCACUGCAGAUCGUAGUCACGGGUCUCCUUCAUCCACAAGAACUGGAGGCUUUACCAGCCGGUUUUGUAUACUACAUCACAAUCCCCUCAAUGUACAUGUUACUGGUGAUCUACUCGAUAUUCAACAUGAACGACGUUUCCUGGGGUACGCGGGAAAAUGCCGUGGACGCAGCUGCUAAUACGGCACCAACCUCAGCAGCCGAACCGAAAGGAAAAAUGCGAAAAUUGUUAGGCUAUCUGCGAUCCGGUGAUCAGGAAGAAGAUGGAUCCAUCAAUUUCUCCGUCAGUGGACUCUUCAGCUGUCUGUUUUGCACACACCCGAAAUCGAGCGCCGAAAAGGAGCAACUUGUUCAGGUUGCAACGUCCCUCACGGAAAUCAACACCAAGAUGAAGGAACUUGAAAUGAAAUUAACCGGCUCCGUCACCGUAAUGAGAUCCAAAGAUGACAAUGAUGAUGACGACGACGAUGACGACGGCGAUGUCGACAAUGACAACGAGACUGACAGGUUGGGCUGUCUUGAUAUGCGACAGGAUGGCAGCUCCCCGAACGGUGUCUCUUCGCCAAUGCAGGCGGUAAAGAACUCCGAACUGGAAGAGCCCGAAAAACAAAUCAACUACCUUCCGGAUUGGUUGUACGAUGUGGACCUCCGCAAUGGUGACACGGAAACCAUUUCCGCUUCCGAAGAGCAAUUUUGGAUCGAGUUAAUCGAAAAGUACCUCAAACCGCUGGAUCUUACCGAGCGGCAGAAGGACGAAAUGAAAGCCCAGUUGAAGAACCUCCGAGAUUUAGCCGUGUUUGCUUUCGUCAUGGCUAACUCCCUGUUCGUGCUGGUCGUGUUUCUGCUGCAGCUGAACAAGCAGGACCUCCAUAUCCAGUGGUGGUUCAAUGCGAAAAAUACGAUCAGUUUCGACGAAAGCACCGUGGAGAUCAUCAUUCGUCGGGAGUUUCUAGAGCUGGAGCCGAUCGGUUUGGUGUUUGUGUUUUUCUUUGGGCUGAUUUUGGUUAUUCAGUUUUUGGCUAUGAUGAUGCAUCGAUUCGGGACAAUAUCACAGAUCCUCGCUUCAACGCAGCUGAACUGGUACUGCUCGAAAAAAGCGAAGGAUAUGUCACUGGAUGCUGAGCUGAGGGAGAACGCGGUGGAGAUUGCUCGCCGGUUGCAGCGACCGAAACCCCAGUGGGAUGAGGAAGAUUUGGAGGACGAUCAGAAGGCCAUCGGUAGGCGGGAUACGAUUCACAGGAUCCUAUACCAGCACAAAAACAAACAGGAUUGGAGCAAUUUGGAGGCAAACUUCAAGCGAAACUACUACAAGGAUGGGGAUCUGAAUCUGGGUGGUAGAUUAACGCUCAGCAGAAAGACGCUCAAUGUCCUCGAUACCAGACGAAAGUCGAUGGCGGAGCAGCGAAAGAUUCGCAAGUCGAUUCUUCGUGAGCAAAACCCGUACGAUACGGCAGGAGAUUUGUGGUACCAAGGAAGUCCGAAUGCUUCGGGUAGUGGGAAUCAAAGAAAGACCUCCUCACCGCCGGGUUACAGCCCUAGUGAUCCCAGUCGAGCCAGAAGCUCUACCAGCGGCGGUUUCAGUCGAACACCUAAUUUUGAGGCGAAAGCGGGCGCGAGGAUUAAUCACGCCUACCAGAUCGAUGAAGAAUUGGAGGACUAUUCUGAUGAGGAAGAGUUCGAACGGCCAACGCUUAAUAUCGAAAUGACCGAGAGACCUAAGGAAAAGGAGAAACGGAAGAGCAGAGUCGCUUUUGCGUGAAUUACUAUAGAUUAUUUUUUAUAUCGCAAUAAUCUAUUAGCAUAAGUUUUUUUCUUCAGUUUAAUUUCAUCCUUCAAUCGAUUGAUUUUUUUGUUGCAAAGCUGUAAAAAUUACUAUUUUUUCUAUUAACAAGUAUAUGAUAUGUUUAUUAUAUGCGUCUCUUCUUAUUUUGAUGACCAUCGUCAUAAACUAUUAUCCUGAAUAUGUAAAUCCCUUUUCGACCUUUUAUGAAAGAGACGAACAAUCAUUAUAAACAGCGCCAAUACUUCGGAAUGGACCA